CCCCCCCCACGGCAAGAAGACACGCCAUGGGCUGCCACUGCUUCCCCAGAAAUAUCCCAUAGCCCCCAAACACAUCAUGGAAAGUUCCCUUCUUUGAUCACCCACUGAUUCCAUAGCACCCUCUCUCUCUCUUCUAAGCCUUCCUCUUUGUAUCGAUCGCUAUAACCCCUUCUUUCCUUCCCCAUGGAGAAAACUUCCAUAGACAUGGAUCUGGAGGAGUGGGAGUUCCUCCCUGACGGCAAGAGUUUCCUGGAUUUUGGCCAUGAGGGUGGCAAGGAGUUAUCCUCCAAGGAGAUCUGUUUUGAUACCAAAGGAAUCGUCGACAUGAAUUACUUCAUCUGCCCGUCACCCACCUCUCGCUUCACCCAUGCAGAGGAGGAGAAUUCGAACCCUGCAAGCGAAACCAAACAAGCUCUACGUCCAACUGGUCCGGACCCAAUAGUAGAGAAGAAGAAGGAGGAGGAGGAGCAAGAUGAUGAGCUAGCCAAAGAGUUCAAGGACAUCGGCGUCAUCCCUCCGGCGAUCAUAGCCAACCAUGACGCGGUGUCUCAAGUCUUCUUCAAGGUGAAGGAGAAUGAAUUCAAGAUGAACUCUCCCAAGUCCAACACCAGGGGGCUCAUCCCUCAUAUCGAACCCGACCCAAUUCGAUUCGAGGAGGAGAAGGAGGAGGAGGACUGCAAGGUUGAGGAAACGAAGGAGCACACGAAGUCAAAGAAUUCAGCAUUUGAGAAAGAGGCGGAGAAAGACGAGGACCAUCUGGAGUCUGAGGUCAAAGGCAAGCCUUGCUGGGAGAGCUUUGGUUGUGAUAUGUGGAGGUGGAGAUUGACCGGUAUUGGAGCUCUCUGCUCCACUGGAGUGGCUGCUGCCGCCACCCUAUGUAUGCUUCUUUUGGGCGGCCGGCAGCGGCAGAAGCAGCAGCACCAGAACCAGAGGAUCCAGUUCCAGAUCUAUGGCGAUGACAAGAGGAUCACGCAGAUGGUGCAGCAGGCCACAAGGCUGAACCAGGCGCUUUCGGCAGUGAGGGGGGCUCCCAUGGCAAGGCAUCAAAACGUGGCACACAUAUCAUUUCGUGGAUACUACGAUGGGCUCUGAUCCAUUGCUCUCGUUCCAGAAGAUCUCAUCAAAUGGUAUGUACCUGGUGCACUUCCGAGCUCUGCACCCAGGAAGAAUGGUGGAAGGGGAAUAGUAUACUGGAGGAGAACAGUUUCUAAAAGACUAGUUAUUUAAUGAUUAGUUAUGAAUACUUUAAUAGUUUCAGGGGCAGGAUUGCUUUGUUCUUGUGAGCACUGGUCCCAAAAAAAAGAAAAAAAGAAAAAAAGAAAAGAUAUCCUUGGUGUGUACCACAAUUAUUAUUCCACUUUGAUGAAGUAGGAUGGUGCGGAAUAGAUGAAUAAUUGCAGUGAUAACAGCUUUCUAUUCAGAAA